UCAAUAAAGAAUUCAUUUUGUGAAUUUCAAGUUUAGAUGUCUAAUCAAGAGGAUAGUUUUGAGCAAGCACUCAAUCAUGAUCCAAAAUCAAAGAAACCAAAGAAAAAACGAGGAACUACCCAAGGAAAAUAUACAUUGAAAAUGAAAUCCAAAGGAAUUCAACAAAAGGUGACAUACAAUAGAAGAUCACAACCUAUUGGGAAAGGAGCAAUACGCUACUGUACUUAUUCAGGAGCCUUAGCAUGUAAUGGAUGGGUUCCUAUUGAUCUUCCAAAUUGGCACAAUGCAGAUGAAGUUAAGUUGGACAUGAUAUGGAAAGAAAUGAAAACUACUUUUGACUUAGAUGAUUGUGUGCGACACCAAACAUUAUCAAAUAUUGGUAACAAGUGGCGAGGGUUUAAGUCUAGGUUGACUAAUAACUUCAUAAUGAAGUACAUGGAAGAUCCUGCUUAUAGGGCAAAGAAUCCUCACACAUUAAUGUUUCCACCUGCCAUAUAUCCUGGCAUUACUCAACCAGUUUGGCACAAUUUUGUGGCGACUCGAACUACAGCAGAAUUUCAGGAGCUUAGAAGGUUACAACAAGCUAGACGUGCUGCAAAUGAGAAUCCUCAUCGCCUUGGGCGUAAAGGUUACCCUAAUUUAGAAUAUGAGCUUCAACAACAACUUGACACUGAGGAAGAAAUAGAAAGAGCUGUAUUAUGGAACGAAGCUCGCAAGGAUAAAAAAGGAGAGUAUGCGAAAGAGUCUGAUAAAGAAAUAGCUGACACAAUAGACUCCUUAUUUGAAAAGCGAAAAUAAGGGGAGGUUAUUGAAAUCGGUACAAAUAAUAUACUUAGUCAAGCUUUAGGGACUCCUGAAUCCUAUGGACGUGUAUGAGCUAGAGGACAUAAUGUUGGAUUUAAAGAUUGUUUUCCAAAGUCAAAAGGUGGUGUAAGAUCACUUCAUGAGAGACAAAUUAUUUAUGAAAAUGAGACACGGAGAAAAUAUGAAACAGAAAUUGAAAGUUUGAAGAAGCGCACAAAUGACAUUGAAAACAAUUUUAAGGCAGUGAUGAAGGCUCUUGAAGAGAAGUCACAUGGUCAUCAAGGUUUCUCCACUGAUAUUGAAGCUCAUUUUUCUCCAAACAUAGUACAAGAAA